ACAGCUGCAAGUUUUCGUGGUGUUUCCUUUGGUAUCUCGUUUCUAACUUUUUAUUUUAUAAUUAUGGCCGAAAAUAAGAGAAAGCGGUGUCAAAAUUUCACGUUUGAUGAAAAGGAUAAACUUGUAAAGUUAAUGAAUACUUUUAAAAAUGUUAUAUUAAAUAAAAAGACGGACGGUACAACAAAUCAAGCGAAGAAUGAAGCGUGGGUGAAUUUGUGCACAAGAUUUAAUUCCACAGGAACCACGGCUAGAAGUAAAGAAUCUCUUAUGAGAGUCUGGGAGAAAAUGAAGACUGAUGCGAAGUUAUACAAAGCACUUAGCAAAAGCAGUCACAAUGGCACAGGAGGUGGCCCAUCGUGUGUUAAAACAGAUAUAAUUUUGGAACAAGUCAGUGACUUGAUGGGCCGAGCAUGUACAGGCAUAACUGAUGUCCAGGAUUCAGAUGCUGACCAAAUUACUGAAGCCAGUUCAUUACCAAUACUUGGUGAUGAGACAAUGGAAAUUUUAAUAUUUCAAAAUGAAAAUGUUAGUAUUUAUAGAAUUCUCUAUUAUGUAGGUAUAUUAAAAUUAGAAACUGACUGACAAAUAGUCCAAAUGCCGUAGUAGAAAUCAGGGCAAUAAGUUUGUUACAUAUUAUAAUAUUAUAUAAAAGUAAGUUAUGUAUAUUAUUGUGUUUGUUUAAGGAGAUGCUUUUGUUCCUACCAGUGGUUCAAUAGAGGGCUAGACAGAGAAACACUACGAGGCGACAACGACAAAAUGAACUAAACUGGCAGAAUUUUCAAUACAAAAUUAUUUCACUCAUUUGUAUAGGUGUCGACCCACUGUAUGAUUAUAUUAUAUUUACACUGUGAUUUUUAUAUUAGAAUUUGUUUUGUUACAAUUUUAGUGCAAUACAAGAAAUGUGGAAAAUAUUGAAAAUAACGAUGUUGGGAAUAAUAAUGACAUUGCUCCAACACUGUCAUCACCAACAUCGUCUCAAUUUAUAAAGUCCACACCUAUAUGGAAAAGACGACGACCAAUAAUUAAAGAAAAUAAGGAUAAAGCUGAAGUUGUUUCAACGUUAUGUGGAGGUUUUAAAGAUUUGAAUUCUAAAAAGGCUACUGUGGAAGAUUUAAAAAUUAAAAUGUUAG